GGUGCUGCUGGCUGCUGCGGUCUGUACCAAGGCAGGUAAGGCCAUAGUAUCAAGGCAGUUUGUGGAGAUGACUCGGACACGGAUUGAAGGACUGUUGGCUGCUUUCCCGAAAUUAAUGAAUACUGGAAAACAGCACACCUUUGUGGAAACAGAAAGCGUUCGCUAUGUCUACCAGCCUAUGGAAAAACUGUACAUGGUUCUAAUUACUACAAAAAAUAGCAACAUCCUUGAAGACCUUGAAACUCUCAGACUUUUCUCUAGAGUGAUUCCAGAAUACUGUCGAGCUUUGGAAGAGACUGAAAUCUCUGAUCACUGUUUUGAUCUAAUAUUUGCAUUUGAUGAGAUUGUGGCUUUGGGAUAUAGAGAAAAUGUGAACUUGGCCCAAAUCAGGACAUUCACUGAGAUGGACUCUCAUGAAGAGAAAGUGUUCAGAGCCGUCAGAGAGACCCAGGAACGAGAGGCAAAGGCUGAGAUGAGACGUAAAGCAAAAGAGCUACAGCAGGCUAGGAGGGAUGCUGAGCGUCAGGGUAAGAAAGCUCCAGGAUUUGGAGGCUUUGGAAGUUCUGGUACUUCAUCUAUUUCCAGUAAUGCAGCAGCUUUGAUAACAGAGAACAUUAUUGAAUCAGAGAAAACAAAGUCUGCUCCUGUAUCAACCAGGCCAUCCGGCUCCAACAAAGCACUAAAACUUGGGGCUAAAGGAAAAGAAGUAGAUAACUUUGUGGACAAAUUGAAAUCUGAAGGAGAAACUAUUGUUACUUCAUCUGCUGGAAAGCGACAACAAGAAGCAGCAAAAGUCCUUCCUCCACCAGCCCACAUAGAAAGCAUUCAUUUGAAGAUUGAAGAGAAGAUAACCUUAACCUGCAGCAGGGAUGGUGGUCUGCAGAAUAUGGAAGUCCAUGGUCUCAUUAUGCUCAGAGUGGCUGAUGACAAAUUUGGAAGAAUCCGAGUGCAUGUUGACAAUGAAGACAAGAAAGGUGUGCAGCUCCAGACCCACCCAAAUGUGGACAAAAAACUUUUUACAUCAGAUUCUAUUAUUGGACUGAAAAACACAGAAAAAUCUUUCCCUCUUAAUAAUGAUGUUGGCGUCUUAAAAUGGCGACUGCAGACAACAGAUGAGGCCUCGAUUCCUCUCACCAUUAACUGCUGGCCUUCAGAAAGUGGAAGUGGCUGUGAUGUAAAUAUAGAGUAUGAACUUCAGGAGGACAAGCUAGAACUGAAUGAUGUUGUCAUUACAAUCCCGCUGCCGUCAGGAGUUGGGGCUCCAGUGAUUGGAGACAUAGAUGGAGACUACCACCAUGACAGCCGAAGGAAUAUAUUAGAGUGGACACUCCCUGUCAUCGACAGCAAAAACAAAACUGGAAGUCUGGAAUUCAGCAUUGCUGGUCACCCUAAUGAUUUCUUCCCAGUAACAGUGUCUUUUGUGUCCAAGAAAAACUACUGCAGCAUACAGGUAACCAAAGUGACUAAUGUGGAUGGCAACAGUCCUGUGAGGUUUUCAGCUGAGACGGCUUUCAUUGUGGACAAAUAUGAGAUCCUGUAA